UCUCUGGAGUCACUGCUGCUGCACGCGCCGCUCCGCUCCGCACCGGUGUGUGCGCGUGACUGGAGUCUCGGAACUCAGACACAAACAAACAAAAACAACAAAGGAGCAAAAACAAAAAGAAGAAAAGUUGGAGGAAACUGAGAAGGAGCGUGAACCCUGUGCACGCAAAUGGACAGAUUCAAAGGAGAACCUCCAGCUGUAGAUCUGCGGCUCUGGACGUACUUGAAGUAAUUUGGCCUCACUCAUGGCUGGCACACGUUCGGAGGCACAUGCAAGUCAGACCUGGAGGCUUCUAUUUUCCAAAGACGUUUAAGGAAAUCUUUGUGGACUGAAGUUUGAGAGCAUCAGAGAUGAUUGUCAGAUCAGAUCUGUUAUGGUGCUGGACUGACUGAACUGUUUGUAUCCCUGUGUAGCUCCUCCCCCAAAACCCUUCCCCAUGUCAGACCUUCUCUAAAUUAUGGAAAUUUUGUGGAAGUCGCUGACUUGGAUACUGAGCCUGCUUUUGGCCGCUGCUGAUCCUCAGAGCCUUUCUUAUAGUUCUCAAGAGGAGUUUCUGUCCCACCUGGAGGACUACCAGCUCACGGUGCCUGUUCGGCUGAACGAUAAGGGCGAGUUUAUGAGUUACACUGUGAAGCAGCAUCGACCCGGACGCAGGAGACGAUCACUGGAUCAAACCGGGCCGGACGCCGCAGAGCCCAGACUCUUUUAUCGCCUAUCAGCUUACGGCAAGCACUUUCACCUGAACCUGACAAUCAACCCCAACCUGGUGUCCAAACAUUUCACUGUAGAGUACUGGGGCAGGGAGGGGCAGGAGUGGCGCCAUGCAGUGGUGGACGAUUGCCAUUAUGUUGGAUUUCUUCUGGAUCAGUACGACACAACAGGAGUGGCGCUGAGCAACUGCAACGGCCUGCACGGCGUCAUCACCACAGAAGAAGAGCAGUAUUUAAUUGAGCCCCUGCAGGACAUUUCCUCCACAAACUCCAGCCAGAAGGUCCAAGUCUCCGGUGAAGGCCAGACGCACGUUAUUUAUAAAAAAUCCUCCGUCCCUUUGCGGCAGGAGCAAAGCGAGGAGCUCAGCUGUGGUGUUUCAGACCUCACAAUAAAGCAGACGCCAUGUUGGAAGGGUAGCCACGCCCCCGUAACUCCGCCCUCCAGGCAGAGUAACCACAGCGCAGGAGGUCCUCAGCGUCAGCGACGCUCCAUCAGCUCUGAGCGCUUUGUGGAGACCCUGGUAGUGGCAGAUAAGAUGAUGGUGGGCUACCACGGCCGCAAGGACAUUGAGCACUACAUACUGUCUGUCAUGAAUAUUGUUGCCAAACUUUACCAUGAUGCCAGUCUAGGAAAUGUUGUGAACAUUAUUGUGACCAGACUGAUUGUUCUGACGGAGGACCAGCCGAAUCUGGAAAUUAACCACCAUGCAGAUAAAUCUCUGGACAGUUUCUGUAAGUGGCAGAAAUCACUGUUGUCUCAUCAGGGGGACGGAAACAGCAUCCCAGAGAACGGCAUCGCUCACCAUGACAACGCUGUUCUCAUCACCAGGUAUGACAUCUGCACCUACAAGAACAAGCCCUGUGGAACUCUCGGUUUAGCCUCAGUAGCUGGAAUGUGUGAACCAGAGCGGAGCUGCAGUAUUAAUGAAGACAUCGGCCUCGGAUCCGCUUUUACCAUCGCACAUGAGAUCGGACACAACUUUGGCAUGAACCAUGAUGGGAUCGGGAACGCCUGUGGGACGAAGGGGCACGAGACGGCCAAGCUGAUGGCUGCUCACAUUACAGCCAACACCAACCCCUUCUCCUGGUCCACCUGCAGCAAGGACUACAUCACCAGCUUCCUGGACUCAGGUCGGGGAACGUGUCUGGACAAUGAGCCGCUGAAGCGGGACUUCCUGUACCCCACCGUGGCCCCGGGGCAGGUGUACGACGCCGAUGAGCAGUGUCGUUUUCAGUAUGGCGCCUCCUCCAGACAGUGCAAAUACGGGGAAGUGUGUAGAGAGCUCUGGUGCCUUAGCAAAAGUAACCGCUGUGUCACUAACAGUAUUCCAGCCACAGAGGGAACGCUGUGUCAAACCGGCAGCAUUGAGAAAGGGUGGUGUUAUCAGGGCGAGUGUGUGGCGUUUGGUACGUGGCCACUCAGUGUGGAUGGAGGCUGGGGGCCAUGGACACAGUGGGGCGAAUGCAGCCGGACAUGCGGUGGUGGAGUUUCUUCGUCCAUGCGUCACUGUGACAGUCCAGCGCCGUCUGGAGGAGGGAAGUAUUGUCUUGGGGAGAGGAAGCGCUACAGAUCCUGCAGCACCGAUCCUUGUCCAGUCGGGUCACAGGACUUCAGGGAGAAGCAGUGUUCUGACUUCGACAGCAUGCCGUUCCGAGGGAAAUAUUACACCUGGAAGCCGUACACAGGAGGUGGUGUGAAACCCUGUGCACUCAACUGCCUGGCUGAGGGCUAUAACUUCUACACAGAACGUUCUCCUGCAGUCAUUGAUGGAACUCGCUGCCACGCCGAUUCUCUGGACAUUUGCAUCAACGGAGAGUGUAAGCAUGUCGGCUGUGACAACAUCCUGGGUUCGGAUGCCAGAGAAGACAUAUGCCGUGUGUGUGGAGGAGACGGCAGCACGUGUGAGACCAUUAAAGGCCUGUUCAAUGACUCCCUACCCAGAGGAGGAUAUAUGGAAGUUGUCCAGAUUCCUAAAGGUUCUGUCCACAUCGAGGUCCAGGAGGUGGCCAUGUCGAAGAACUACAUCGCUUUGAAGUCAGAGGGAAACGAUUAUUACAUCAACGGCGCAUGGACCAUCGACUGGCCUCGCAAAUUUGACAUCGCAGGAACGGCGUUUCACUACAAGAGACCGACGGAUGAGGUGGAGUCUCUGGAGGCCCUCGGGGCCACCACGGAGAACCUGAUCAUUAUGGUGCUGCUGCAGGAACAGAACCCCGGAAUCAGUUACAAGUUUAAUGUCCCAAUCCAGCGCACAGGCAGUGGGGACAACGAGGUGGGCUUCACCUGGAACCACCUGCCAUGGUCAGAGUGCUCAGCCACCUGUGCAGGAGGUUCACAGAAACAGGAGGUGGUUUGCAGAAGGAUGGACGACAACUCGGUGGUACAGAAUAGCUACUGUGAUCCUGAUGGAAAACCGCCGGAGAACCAGAGGCCCUGUAACACAGAACCCUGUCCACCUGAGUGGUUUAUUGGCGACUGGUCUGACUGCAGUAAGUUGUGUGAUGGAGGGACAAGGACACGGAUGGUUCUCUGCGUCCAUAAACUCGGCCCUGCAGAUGAAGAGAACCUGGAGGACCUUCACUGCCUCACGCAUCGACCAAUCGAGCGUGAGAGCUGCAACAACCAAUCGUGUCCUCCACAGUGGGUUCCUCUUGAUUGGUCUGAGUGCACUCCAAAGUGUGGCCAUGGCUUUAAACACCGCAUCGUGUUGUGUAAGAGCAGUGAUCUGACUAAAACAUUCCCAGCAGCGCUGUGUUCAGAGCUCAGCAAACCUCCGGUGAGGAUACGCUGCAGUCUGGGCCGUUGUCCUCCUCCACGCUGGAUCCCUGGAGAGUGGGGACAGUGUUCAGCACAGUGUGGUUUGGGACAGCAGAUCCGGAUGGUACAGUGUUUGUCCUACACUGGACAGCCUUCUAACGACUGCCCCGAGACGCUGCGUCCCAGCAAGAUCCAGCCAUGUGAGAGUAAAUGUGAUGCCAUGCCCAUCACCAAUUCUGAUGAGUGUAAAGACGUUAAUAAAGUGGCGUACUGCCCACUGGUGCUGAAGUUCAAAUUCUGCAGCCGUGCCUACUUUAGACAGAUGUGCUGCAAAACCUGCCAAGGACACUGAUGAUCCUGCACAGAGACGAGAGAGACAAAGACCAACCACUUGGGCUGGAGGACAAUGCUGCUUCCUCUCUCUCUCUCUCUCUCUCUCUCUCACACACACACACACACACACACACACACACACACACACACACACACACCUGCUUUGUCAGCCCUGUGGAACCCAAACCACUGAUCAGCAACAUGCUGACACUUUAUUUAUAUUUUCACUUCUGUGAAGUGGGAACUUAUUAAUAUUGUCAUAACUGUUAUUUUAUUAUAAUAAUAAUAAUUAUUAUUAUUAUUGGUGUUAUUAUUAAUGUCAUUGAUGUUAUUGCUCUGUCUGAAUCCAAAGUGCUGGACACCUCAUAUACAGACCCUAACAAGUCACUCCGCUUUAUUUCUGGCUCUUUUGUGCCAGUGAAUUUUCCCGAUCAUCUGUUUAAGACUUAAAGUGAAACAGAAGUGGACAAAAUAAAAGACAACUAUAACGUGAAUUUACUGAUUUUUAAAGUUGUGUCAGCUGAUAAAAGGGUGGAGCUUGUGGGCGGUCCUGGUGUGAUCUAGAGGGAGGUCUAUGUUCUGUCUCAGUGCUAACACUAACCUUAUCCUGCUAGUGUGCUGUCUGUGAACAAUGUUAGCUUGUAGGCUAUUUAAGUGAAUAUCAUAAUUCAGCUAAUUUAGCAUGUUAGCUCCUGCUAAUCAGUUGGUAAUCAGUUUAGUGGUUUAUUAAACCUCCAGAAUUUCUGGGGUUAAAGUUCAUCAUGAUUAUCUCAGACACAAGUGAAUCAGGACUCCUCUUUCAUGUUAGUAAAGAGUUUUAGGGACCUAAAGUCCUGACACAGAGGUUCUUCUGUAAGAAUCUGAUCAUCAUGAACCUGAACUAAUUGAUUCCUUUCCUGUUCAUGUGGCGUUUCUCUUAUUUUGUCCACGUCCUGUAGUUCAGCUGGACCUCCAUGGUUCCUCCACAGACAGACGUUACCUAUUACCCGACGCCUGACUACACAUGGCCCUGAUCAUACUAAUGAUGUUCCUCACGCUUAGCUUGGUUUAAACAUGUGUUUGGAUACGGCCUCCUCACUCCUCCACACACCUCCACACACUUUUCCUACACCUCCACACACCUCCUCACUCCUCCACACACUUUUCCUACACCUCCACACACCUCCACACUCCUCCACACACUUUUCCUACACCUCCACAUGCCUCCUCACACCUCCACACACUUUCCACACCUCCUUUGUCUUUUUUUUUAAGAAUGUUCUCAUGACAUUGACAUAGCAGGAAAACUACAGAAGCAGUCAGAGCGCCACCCACUGCCUGGUGGAGAGGACGGAGGAUGAAGUUCGGCUGGAGGAGAUCUGCUGCUGUGUGCGUCCUUCACAACACAGUGUUUAAGAAGUACAUGCCAAGCUCCAACAUCCACUCAGAAUGGGACUACCUCCUCCAGACACAUACCAUCCCUCACUACAUCCCUCCUUCCCUCAUUCUUCAUUGUAAACACUCUUCACAGAACCCUCCUUGCUCCCUGGUGCUUUGUUCCUUCAUCGCUUCUUCAACCUUCUCAUGAGGAAGCCUUGAUCCUUUCACUCCUUUGGUGCUAACAGGAGCUUUGUGACUCAUCAAACUGUAAAACAGGACAAUCCUGGGUGUUUUUUUUAAUACAGUCAAUGUUUGUAUGUUUUACCUCACACUAUAUUGCUGAUCAUGUUGUUUAAGCCCCGCCCAUUCCACAUGCUCUCAGAACGUACGUUUUUGACAUUUUACCAAACCAUGCUAACUUUUUGCUGCUGCUACACUGUUGUAGCCACCAAUACAACAUCAGAACAGUUGAGUUUGUUAUUCAAUCUUUAAACUGGGACUUUUACUCGAGUGAACCUCGAACAGCCGGAAAACAAAAUCCUGAGGCUUGAAUUAAAACUUUACUGGCUUGAAUCAUGGAGGCCCCAAAAUCCCAGGACAAACACGAACAUGGUCUCAGACAUCGCUGUGAACUUGUGUCUCUGAAUGUCACAUCACUUACCUUGUAAUUAUAGAAGUGAGCGUUUUAGUUGUUUAUUUUAUUUUCAUUUCCAAUGACAAAUUGCUUGUAUUUUAUAUUCAGUGUUAAAUGUUGGUACACUGUUGCUAAUUUUGUUAUUGUAAAUUAUAUGCUAAUUUAUUUCAAUGUGUCACUUGUUAUUUCACGGCAUGCAAACUGAAAAUAACACAACAACACUACACAAACAUGAUGCAGUGAACUUCUCAUCACUGGUUUUAGUCUAGAGAGCCGUCUGAAUUUAGCAGAGCACCGUGUGUGUGUGUGUGUGUGUAUGUGUGUGUGUGAAUGUUUGUAUGCAUGAUCCUCAAAAGUCAUCAAAAAGAAAAAAAAUAUCAAUUUAUGAAUGAAUGAAUUGAUAAACUGAGGAAAUAAUAAAUUUAAGAAAUAAAUAACUAAUCCCACAGUACAGUGUGAAUCUUUGGCUUGUACACUAUUACGGGUGAAUCCUACAGUGUGUAAUGAAUCCUGAAUAAAAACAAUGUUAAAGGGUU